GAAGUAUUCCAAAUGGAACAUAAUGAGAAAUCCCCGGAUGUGGACGUCAUAGUAAAACAAAACGGAAAAGACACAAAUACAUAAAUUACGUGUUGAAAGGAAACAUUUUAAGGUUUUGACUGUGAUAGUUCAAUUAAGUGACUUUCAAUCUACGUUUAUAAUGUCAACACCAGCAAGAAGAAGAUUAAUGAGAGACUUUAAAAGAUUACAGGAAGAUCCUCCAGCUGGUGUUAGUGGUGCUCCAACAGACAACAAUAUUAUGCUAUGGAACGCUGUUAUAUUUGGUCCACAUGAUACACCAUUUGAGGAUGGAACUUUCAAAUUAACUAUAGAAUUCACAGAAGAAUAUCCUAAUAAACCCCCUACUGUUCGAUUUGUUUCUAAAAUGUUUCAUCCAAAUGUUUAUGCGGAUGGAAGUAUAUGUUUAGAUAUUUUACAAAAUAGAUGGAGUCCUACUUAUGAUGUUUCUGCCAUUUUAACUUCUAUACAGUCCUUACUUGAUGAACCAAACCCAAACAGUCCUGCAAAUAAUCUGGCGGCACAGUUAUAUCAAGAAAAUCGUAGGGAAUACGAGAAGAAAGUGAAAGCCAUAGUUGAGGAGAGCUGGAUAUAUCAUGGGGAAGUGGCCAGUUGAAAAUGUACAUAAAUUAUGGUGGAUUUGGGUGAAACACUGCUAAAAGUGGUGAUCCAUGAUAACAACAAGCUGUAAAAAUUACUAAUGCUCACUUUUGAAUGCAAAAUGUAUUGCCUUAAAUGUGAAAUGUAAGUUUUUGUGAGAUCAGGUUAAAUAUUUAGAGAUUGGACUGAACAAAUAUUUUUGGGAUACACUUGAGCAUGUGUAUUGUGUUUUCAUGAAUGAUCUUUUGUUUUGUUUAAGUAAACCUUUAAGAAACACUAAGUUUGUUGUUUACAUGAAAAGUUUUGUCAGUUUAUUAAUUAAAAUGGAAUAAUGCAGUUGCUUUAAACAUGUAUACAAUCAAUGUGUAAACUUGUAUAUUCCAUGUGGACAAUUUGUAUGAACCCUUUUUUUCUGGCUGAAAAUUUGUAUGUACUUAAUUGUUAAUAUCUGUGGCUGAAAGUGGACAUUGUAUAAGUUUAUGAUCACAGAGUUUUAAGGCUUAACAUGUAGGGAUAUAUUAAAUAGAGGUAACUACCUGGCUCAGCAGUAAAACAGCAUGUUGCCCUUAAAGAUGAUUUUAGUAUAUUCUGUUAAAGUCAAACUUAUUUUCUUUUUGUUAAUAAUUACAAUAGUUGUUAUGAUUUUAUUGUUUGUAAUUUGAUAAAAAAAAGUAUUUUAAGUUAUUUGUUUUUUAAGAGGCAGUGUUCCUUGAAUGAGGAAGGUUUUUGUUUAGUUUGGUUGGGGAUUUUGGAAGAGGGGACUGAUUUGAGUAAGGGGCAGUUAAGUGGUGUGGAUAAAGUCGGGUGUCUGUAGUAAAUAUUACCAUGGACUCUUUAUGAGAAAAAAUUAUAUUUUUUUAAUGAUAAUAAGAAAAAAUACAGUUUCUGCAUUGGUUUUAUUUUAAAUUCUGGUCAUUCUUUGUUUUUAAUAUUGAUUUUUUUUGUAUUUUGAAGACUAGGCCUUAAUUUAUAGUAAAUUGAGAUCCGAUUUAAAGUUUUUUUUCCCCUAAAGAUUACUUUAAAAAAACACACCAAAAAGAUGGCAGAAAUAAGUCAUUCAAAAAUAAUAUUUUAAGUCAUAUUCAACUUUUAUAUUAAGGUGUUAGAUGAAGUGAGCAUAAUGCAUAAAAAGUAACUCUGUAAAGGGGUGUGUGUAAUUUUACCAAAUUAAUUAUAUUUCUAUCUUAUCAAUUUCAAAACCUGAACAUGUCUUUUGUUUUAUAAAUAAGCUGGCCAUUCGUAUUUCGUGUAGUACUAGUACAUGUAAAUUAUUAAAUGUAUUUGGAUUACCUCCCUUUAAGUAAUAGCAUAGCAAAUUAUUACAAAAUUACAACUGUGACAGUAACUUGUGAUGGACAAAUUCCUUGAUUUUAUCAGAAUCAGGAUUGGAUCUCUGCAUAAUUUAGAAUAGGAAUGCCCAGCCUAUUUAGUUGAAUAUAGGUGUGAAAGAUUUGUAUUUGUGUAUAGCUACAUGGUUUUCCUAAAUGUUUCAUUGUGAUAUAGGAAACUCAUCUUGUUGUUUUGUAAUGUUUUAUUUUAUCUGGUAUGCAAAUUGGGUGUACCAGUACCAUUUUUGAAUAAACAUCUUUAUUGUAAAAAUAA